UCUCUCUCCCAGGAAUUCUGCCAGCAGACCUCAGCAAGCCUCUCAUCACAAGGAGGCAUGGGAAGCAAGUAGUCUCUUACCAACCCCAUAUUACACUAACAGACAUGGAAACACUGUAUAAUCUUCAUGAGGACAAUUAUACCGAUGAAAAUGGGAUAUUAUGUGAGAUCACAGAUAAUGGAGCCAUCAUCAGCUGCCUGGGGAACUAUUCACACAAUGCGACCAUCCCUGGCAAAGAUUUGCACCAGGCAGUGAGGAUUUUCCUGUAUUCCUUGAUCUUUCUCCUGGGUGUCCUGGGCAACAGCUUGGUUAUAGCGGUCCUGAUAAGGAAUAAGAGGAUGAGGACUGUCACCAACCUCUUCUUAUUGUCAUUGGCAGUCAGUGACCUCAUGCUCUGUAUUUUCUGCAUACCCUUCACUCUCAUUCCUAAUUUGCUGGAGGACUUUAUAUUUGGUAGCACAGUCUGCAGCGCUGCUUUCUAUUUCAUGGGUAUCUCUGUAAGCGUGUCGACGUUUAAUCUGGUUGCAAUAUCUCUGGAGAGGUACAGUGCAAUUUGUAAGCCCCUACAGUCCCGAGUGUGGCAGACAAAGUCCCAUGCUCUGAAAGUCAUUGCGGUUACAUGGUUCCUUUCAUUUACAAUCAUGUCACCGUACCCAAUUUACAGCACACUGGUUCCAUUUUCAAAGUACGAGAAUACAACCGGACACAUGUGUCGUCUCGAGUGGCCCAGUGACCUCACCCAACAAUCAUGGUAUAUUUUUCUUCUGUUAAUUCUCUUCCUUGUUCCUGGAAUCGUUAUGACUGUUGCAUACGCCUUAAUAUCCAUGGAACUGUACAGAGGAAUCCAAUUUGAUGCAAAUCAGAAGAAAGAAAGGACAAGCAGUAUAAGCAGUAAUCAGUUUGAAAAUGGAGAUGGCUGUUAUCUCCAGAAGACAAAAAAGAAGAAAAAAGUAGAAAUGCGUCAGCUGUCUUCAGUCCACAGCAGCACUAAGAUCGAAAGAGUUCGCAGCAACAGCUCAGCUGCCAACUUAAUGGCGAAGAAAAGAGUUAUCCGCAUGUUGAUCGUCAUUGUCAUCCUGUUCUUCAUCUGCUGGACUCCUAUUUUUAGUGUCAAUGCCUGGAGAGCCUUUGAUGCCAACACUGCAGGAAGACUCCUGUCUGGGGCACCCAUCUCUUUUAUCCACCUGCUCUCCUACACCUCGGCUUGUGUCAAUCCAAUUAUUUAUUGCUUUAUGAACAAGCGAUUUCGGCUUGGAUUCCUAGCUACCUUCAACUGUUGCCCAGCAAGAGAUGUGCAAAACCAAGGGAUGGUUCCUGGAGUAGGAGAAGAAGAUGGAAGAACCACUGGGGCUUCAUUAUCCAGGUACACCUACACCAACAUAAGCCUCUCUGCUACUGCCACUGCCCCAACAUGAGCAAGUAAUAGGCUCUUACUAGAAAAAGUCCUGAGGGGCAUUUAUAAACAUUAGACAAGUCGGUCACGGCAUUAUAUUGGAAGGAACUCUAUACCGCACUGUGGAUUAUAAAUGAACCAUAUUAAUAAGAAUAUUAUGAAGCCGGAUUACCUUUUCUAGAUCAAUCAUGUUACAGUGUACAGUUGUUAUAUUAUCAUUC